AUGGCUGAAAAAAAGAAACAGUCUAAUCAAACUUUAGCACUUUGUGAAAUAAAACCAAUGCUACCACAAGUAAUGAUUAACGCUUUAAUUAAUGAUCUGGACAAUUCAUUUACCAUAGAUACAGAAUCAGUGGAAUCAAUUUUAUCUAGAACUAAUACACAAAAAUUGAUGUUAAAAAUUACUAAAAAUGAAAAAAUUCACAAUAUUCAAGUCGCAAAUGGCGAGUUUAUUAAACUAUCUGAAAAACCCGUCGGUAAAAUGCGAUUUUAUGAAUAUACUAAGGCAGAGUAUGAUGUUGAAUUUCUAAUAGCUGAAAAGUUUGUUAAUAAUACUAUAUUAAGAAUUAAAUUUUUAGAAAAGUAUAAUGUUAAUAUUAUACUUAGUGAAAGAUAUUUACAAUUUCCAACAUUCAACGUAAACCUAACUACACCAACAACUUCACUUUCAUUACCAGACUUAGAAUUAAGUGAUAAAGUCAAGUGUAUGCUAACACAACAAGAUGUGGUUAUUGAUAUGAUUAAUGAAUUUGUUGAACACUCUCCAGAAUUAGAAGAAAUUAAUAAUUUUGAACAUUCAAUAAUACUGAAACCCAGUGCAGUUUUUACAUCAAAACCAUAUUCAAUUCCUAUGGCUUUAGUAGAGCAAUUUAAAGAUAAAUUAAAAACUUCUUAA